CAUCCAUCCGCCCGCACAUCCUCCACGACGGACGGCGAGGGGAGAGGAGAGACGGUCGACGACGAAACAACAACACACGUUCGCACCGGAAUUGUAACCUCGGGGCAAUCGCCUCCCGAUCCGCCAGCGCAUCCUACCUACCACACCCAGGCCGCCCGCCCGUCCGUCCGUCCAUCUGCAAACCCCCGGAGGGCAGGGCAGCGCAGCGCAUCCAUCUGCCUGCCUCGCGACCCCUUUCUGGGUCUGGUGUCACAUCACCGCUCGCUCACCUUGGCGGCUCGGUGAAGAAGCCAAGCCCGCCAUCCUGUCAAAACGUGCCUGCUGACCAUUGCAGCCAGUUUCGCUCGGCGUUGCCGGCCUCCUCCACUUCGCCUGCUGCCCUUUCCCUUCGUCUCCGUAAUCACCCAGCAUCCAUCCUUGGGAGUUGCAGUUCCACCUUACCCACCUCGCAGCAGGCGCCAGCCAGCUGCCUGAGCCUGAGACCGAGAGCAGCACAGCACAGCACCGCGCGCGCGACCGGCCAGGCCACCCUCACGUCCGCUCUCAGGCACGUCUUAAAGGCACUGGAUGCCUCCAUCGUCGCAAACGCCAAUCCCCCUGUUGUCGGCUUGUUGUUUUUUUGUUUUUUCUCUUCUUUCGCCUGCCCACCACGCGCGUACCCCGCAAGCGAGUUCCGUCUGCCGUCGCCGUCGCGCCGCUAGAGAGCUCCUGCAGGAGUGACGUCUCAUCGUGUCAUCGCCUUCCCCAAAACUACCAGCGAGGCACGCAUAUACCUUGUUGAUCGACCAGAGCACUCAUCGUCGCCGCCGCAGCCGCCGCCACCACCACCACUAUCAUCGUCAUCGCCUCCCAGUCGCCAGCCAUGGCCGACCCUGCCUGGGUUGCCGCCUGGAGCUCGGGCGACAGGGCCAGCACCUGUCGCAUCAAGCAGCUGCCCCUCGAGGUGCUCAUCCGCAUCGCAAACGACCUCAUGACCCCGGACCUCUGUUCCUUUCGUCUCACCUGCCGCGCCAUCGAGCAGCUCCUCUACGUCACCUUCACCAACGAGUUCUUCACCCGCAAGCAGUUCAUGAUUGCCGACAUCAGCCUGCAGGCCCUCAUCGACAUCUCAAGGAGCAGGCUGGCCCCCCACUUGCGGCAUGUGCACAUCGGCCUCGACCGCUUCCCCGACAACUUCCAGCGCCCCCUGCCCGACGACGAAAAGGAGCGCAGGUUCCGGCAGCGCUAUGCCGACCACUUCAGUCUCUGGAGCACGGGCUGCCACCGAGACAUGCUGGUCGACGCCUUCAAGCACCUCCCCAACCUCGAGACCGUCGUCAUCCGCGACUACAACUCACGCAAGCGCACCAGAGAGGGCGCCCGCGCCGAGUGGUCCAGCUACGGCUCCUCAAGCAUCUUCCGCGAGACGGGCAUCCGUCUCAACCCCGCGCCCUCCGGCAGCUGGAGUGCCCAGGCCAACUUCCAGCUUAGCAGCCAGGUCUUCGCCCUCGUCACGCACGCCCUCGGCAUGGCCAACCCGCCCAAGAUCAAGGGCAUCGAGGUCAUGGCAAAAAUGGGCAACCAGCUGCGCGACUUUGCCUUUAACAUCCCCGCCUUCAGUGAGCCCAUGAUCCUGCCCGUCUUGCGCCGGCUCGAGAAGCUGCACCUCUCCAUUAAUCUGGGUUGGAGGGCCCAGAGCGCGCCGUGGACCCAGGUCGCCGCGACGGCGCCCGACACCAUGCUCCGCCAGUUCCUAUGCCAGUGCACCAACCUCAAGGACCUGCGCAUCAACGAGCUCCACGACUCACCCACGGCCAUGACGGACCUGCUCACCUGGCUCGCCGGAGACUCGGACACCCGGACCAACGGGCCCGAGGCCGGCGACGCGAGAGCUGGCGGCCCGUCGCUGGACACGCUUGAGCACCUCAGCCUCGGCUGGAUGAGCGUCCCGGUGGCGCCGCUGAUCAAGGUCCUGCGCAGGUUUGCUCCCUCGCUGCGCGGACUGGAGCUGUGGAAGAUGACGUUGGUCAUGCCGUUGCCGCCGGGGAGCGACCCCAGCGAUCCCCCUAGGGUCAUGUUUUGGACCGACUUCAUGAACCAGCUGCGGCAAAUACCGGGGCUGGAUCUGCGCCACAUCAAAUUCGGGGCCUUGAAACAGGCAUAUCUGCACCGACCGGAACACCACGUGUCCUUCAAGAACCGGGGCGUGGAGGCGAAGUAUACGGGGCCACACUGGAAGGACUUUGUCGACGAAGUGACCCCUUUGCUGGAUAUCAAGUGGCCGCGCAGGCUCACUCCCGAGAGCGAUGACUCGGACUCGGACGAUGGUGACGACGAGCUCGCGGCAUCGAUCUUGGACGAAGGCGCAUCGGAGGAACUCGACGGUGAAGACGACUCCACCACCAACAUUGAUGGAUGAAGCGCGUUCGGCGUUGCUAAUACUGGCGAGCAGACACGGAAUGGGCGGCGCUGCAGCACUUUCCACCAGGAAUGAUGCCGCCCGCGGCGGAGCUGCUGUUCCAGGAGCUUAUGGCGCACCAGGGGCCGGGAGAGCCUGAGCCUUACCUUGAAAUCCCCCUGGAUGAGGUGAUGCAGCACGAUGAAGACUUUUGGCCGUGGUAAUAUUGAUCAAGACUUGAUACAUGUGAAGAGGGACGAGGCGUGGCACGGGAAUGGGGAAGCGAUUGGUUGGGCGGGCGGCUAGGUGGCAUGUUCAACACCGCGAGGAGUUGCACGGACAAGGAUCCUCCAACUGGGUCGACAUCUGACAGGAUUCGGGUGAGCGACGCGCGCGUCACAGGGGAAUCAAGCGCUGGAACUAUAGAUGAGGGGCGAGUAUGUGAUGGCUAGCGUGCUGUGGCAUGCCCGAUCAACAAACCUAAUUGAUCGGAUCCCAGCUUUUUGAUUUGACACAUAGAAGGUCGCCAUUAUGGACGUG